GUCCCAGCACAGCUUUGCUUCCACCACCACCCGCCGGGCCUCGGAGCGCCUCGCCUUCUUCCCCUGGCUGCCCGUUUCCCAGGAUAACUGCAACUCCCGGCCGGCCAUGGACGCCCUGAGACUGGCGAAUUCGGCUUUUGCUGUUGACCUGUUCAAACAACUGUGUGAAAAGGAGCCACAGGGCAAUGUCCUCUUCUCCCCGAUCUGUCUGUCCACCUCUCUGUCGCUUGCUCAAGUAGGCGCCAAAGGUGACACAGCCAAUGAAAUCGGACAGGUCCUUCAUUUUGAAGAGGUCAAAGAUGUGCCCUUUGGAUUUCAAACAGUCACCUCAGAUGUAAACAAACUGAGUUCCUUCUACUCUUUGAAACUAAUCAAGCGGCUCUACGUGGACAAAUCGCUCAAUCCUUCUACAGAGUUUAUCAGCUCUACAAAAAGGCCGUAUGCAAAAGAAUUGGAAACUGUGGACUUCAAAGAUAAACUGGAUGAAACAAAAAGUCAGAUCAACAGCUCCAUUAAGGAACUCACGGAUGGUCGCUUUGAAAACAUUUUGUCUGACAACAGUGUAAAUGACCAGACAAAAAUCCUCGUGGUUAAUGCUGCCUACUUUGUUGGAAAGUGGAUGAAGAAAUUUCCAGAAUCAGAAACCAAAGAAUGCCCUUUCAGAGUCAGCAAGACAGACACGAAACCGGUGCAGAUGAUGAAUAUGGAGGCCACGUUCUGCAUGGGCCACAUCGAUGACAUUGGCUGCAAGAUCAUCGAGCUUCCUUUCCAGAACAAGCAUCUCAGCAUGCUUAUCCUGCUGCCCAAGGACGUGGAGGACGAGUCCACAGGCCUGGAGAAGAUUGAAAAACAACUCAACUCAGAGACCCUGCUGAAGUGGACCAACCCUAGCACCAUGGCCAAUGCCAAAGUGAAACUUUCCCUUCCAAAGUUUAAGGUGGAAAAGAUGAUCGACCCCAAGGCUAGUUUGGAAAAUCUAGGGCUGAAAACGACCUUUAAUGAAAAUACCUCGGAUUUCUCUGGAAUGUCAGAGGCCAAGGGGGUGGCCCUCUCCAACGUGAUUCACACGGUGUGCCUAGAAAUAACGGAGGACGGGGGCGAGUCCAUCGAGGUGCCAGGAUCCCGGAUCCUGCAACACAAGGAUGAGUUCAAUGCCAACCACCCAUUUAUUUACCUCAUCCGGCACAACAAAACUCGGAACAUCGUUUUCUUUGGCAAGUUCUGUUCUCCCUAAGUGGCAGAACCUAAGCGAAGUCCCACUGGAUGGAGACAGCUUUUCUGUAUGUAGAUGCUGCAGCCCAGGGGUCGCUUUCUAAAUACGCUACUGUUGCUGGGUUGGGAGAUGGCUGACAUCACACACAGACUCCCUGCUCUCACACCUUCUUUUUCUAUCCCCCCCCCCCCACACACACUUUGGUUUCUUUUCUUUAUUUUUUUUUAAUAUCUUGUUAAAGAAUAUGACAUGCUUUUAAUGUAAAGGGAUCACCUUAGUGGAAAAAAUAAAAGGAUAUUCCUUAUUUGUCAAACUGCCCUGUUACUGGCAGAAACACAGUUUUCCUCAGACAAGAAUUCCUAUAAGGAAGAUCCAGAAGAUCUUAUUCUCAGAACUUUGCCUUUCUUCAACGAGAUAUAGAAUGGUGUAGGCCUUUUCGCUUCCCCAAAGUCUAAAGAGACUACAGCAGAACACUAGAUCCACAAAGCUACCCUUGUCCCAGGAAACUUGGGUUCCUGUUUACUUUUCUUUUUUUUCUCUUAAACUCCCUUCCCUAAUUCCAUAGCUUUUAGAAAGAUACUAUGUUGCAUAUACCAUAUGUUCUGGAACUCCAAUGGAAGGGUCUGGCAUAAGAUGGUGGCCUGCAGAUCAGAACCUUAAGAUUCACUUGUCCAAAAUGGACAAAUAACUGGUUGAACUUUGCUAACAGAGUAGUACGUGCGCCAGUAGGAAAAAUACAUUGCAGAACUUAAUUAAACCUGGGGAUGUUGG